AUGACCGAUUAUCCUUCUUUCAUUUUCAUCGAGGAUUGGCUAGACGCCGUUACUCCAAACUUCGAGUUCAUUCAGAUCAUCGAUCAAUCACCACCACCUCAUCCCAUCCCGACAAAGCGAAGCUUAAUGACGACACCUCCACUAUCAAACUCGGGGGGCCGAAAUCAGAGACGCGACACGUCGCCGACCAAAAGACCACGACUCGAUUCACCUGGUGAAUAUGGCGGCUAUACUGGCGAUAAUGGAGAGACUGGUUGGGGAGAAGAGGGGGACGAGGAAACACCCCGAUCAAAUGUCAAUCAACGGCGGCCGAAUCUGCCACCAAUUCCGUUCCGAGGCUUCAACACACCGAGCAUUACCCCGUCACAGUCGGCUUCGUUAGUUUCGGGGAGCUCGAAUCAGUCGCCAUCUGCUAGAGCGCCGUCUGCUGGACGAUCCGAGAGGUCCAGUGUCAGAGGUCGUCGCACAAGGAGCCCUCUCAAGUCUGCUAAUGGUCUUUGGGUAUUGGACUUGCCUGUCGUUCAAAUACGCAUGGGGGAUGACCCUGCCAAGGUUCUGCCGGAAGAUGUGAAGGAUCUAUUCAAGAGUAUAGACGAUAUUGUUACCGAUCAUGUUGAGGUUUUCCCCUUGGAGAUUCGCAAGGAUGUGGAAGCAAUUGUUCCUCGGGCGCAGAAGAAAAAUGACUGGUUUCGACCUGCACAGCAAAUUUCCCAGCAGCAAGCAAACGAACAGGAGACUUCUUAUCCUCGCUCUCGUAAGCCGAAGUCGCCUCUCGAAGUCGCCUUACAUGAGCUCGACUUCUUGAGCGACAUCGGCAACACAGCGCAAGACUGCCAAGUUCAUACCCGCGCUGAGGUGACAUGGAACAUGCUGGUCCAUCAACCACUCUUACAACAUGCCCUUGUUGGGCAUGUCACAGUCCAGGUCGAACCCUCCCUCACGGCAAAGAUCUUGGCGCCAUUCUCUCCUAUAACAAGUGGACGGGGUGGGGGGAGCGUCGUCGGGGGUGGGGUGAUCGAUUUCUGCUUGACCCUCUGGCUGAACGAUGGGAAACCGCGAGAACUGCUCGACGACAGCGAUGCCAAGGCAUCUUCAGCCGAUGCGAAGCUCAUCUCCGCCAUUGCAGAAAAGGUCUGGUCUCAACCUUCCGAUGCCCAAUCCGUCAAUCAGACGGGCUAUCCCGCGUUGCAAUUCGCUCCCAUCGCCUGCAAUAUCGAGACCAGGACGUCAGCCAUCCAGCAAGACGGCGAGUUGCAGCUUUCCGUUUGGACCGCCGCCUGGUACCAACGCAUAACCAUGCUUGUGCCUGGACGAAUUGCUCAGCACGGCAUCAUCACACUGCCACUCUUGUACAUCAUCGGUCACGAUUGGAAGUUGUCUUUUGCGAGUUGGCGCGGGGACAGAAUUGAGAUCAUAGGGUCGCUUGUCCUUGGGGAUACUAGGACAUUACUGGGAUCGUACACGAUUAUUGCUGUGCUACGGAAGAUUGGGGAUUGGAUUGCGACUGAUUAUCGAGCAUGGAUUGAGAAAAUGUUUUUAUGA